GAUGCUCAGAGAACUUAUAGAAUAUCAGUUUUGCAGACGAUAGCUUGUUUUACUAUUUAUCAGGGUUCACAUCUUAAAAGGCCAUAAAGGAACUAGAAUCUACAAUGGGCUGCGUUCAAAGCUUCAGGCAAUUUUGUGACCGUACAAAAAAUACUAAUGUUCGUUUUAGUCUUCCGGCAGUGUGUUUCGUGUGGCAAAUGGCCAUGAUUAUCUUAUUUGGGAUUUUUAUUCGUUAUAACGAAGAAUCGAAUACACACUGGAUAGUGGUUAGAAAAUCUCACAACAUAUCAAGUGACAUUGAGAAUGAUUUUUACUUCAGAUAUCCAAGUUUUCAGGAUGUUCAUGUGAUGAUUUUUGUGGGUUUUGGGUUCCUGAUGACCUUCCUCAAGCGGUAUAGUUUUGGCGCUGUGGGUUUUAACUUCCUCAUUGCUGCUUUUGGUAUCCAGUGGGCGCUGUUAAUGCAAGGCUGGUUCCACUCACUGGACUACACUGAUGGAAAGAUCAAAAUUGGAGUUGAAAAUCUGAUCAAUGCUGAUUUCUGUGUGGCGGGCUGCUUAAUUGCCUAUGGGGCCGUUCUGGGUAAAGUCAGUCCAGUCCAGCUGAUGGUUCUUACUCUCCUUGGGGUGACAUUGUUUGCUGUAGAAUGAUAUAUUAUCCUGAGUCUCAUACACGCAAGAGACGCUGGAGGCUCCAUGGUGAUCCACACAUUUGGAGCUUAUUAUGGUCUUAGCGUUUCCUGGAUGCUGUACCGGCCUAAUCUGAACCAAAGCAGCCGUCUGCAGGGAUCUGUCUACCACUCAGAUGUGUUUGCUAUGAUUGGCACCCUCUUUCUGUGGAUGUUCUGGCCCAGUUUCAAUUCAGCCAUCUGUGAUCACGGAGACGGGCAGCACAGAGCGGCCAUCAAUACCUACCUGGCUUUGGCCGCCACUGUGCUCACCGCCGUGGCCAUGUCAAGCUUCUUCCAGAAACAUGGAAAACUGGAGAUGGCUCACAUUCAGAACGCCACACUUGCUGGUGGUGUUGCCGUGGGAACGGCGGCAGAGUUUAUGCUGAUGCCCUACGGGUCUCUGAUUGUAGGAUUCUGCUGUGGGAUCAUUUCCACACUGGGAUAUAUCUACCUCACGCCAUUCAUGGAGAAACACCUGAAGAUCCAGGACACGUGUGGAAUCCAUAACCUCCACGGCAUGCCAGGAGUCGUCGGUGGAAUUGUGGGAGCCGUUACUGCUGCUGCUGCAUCCGAGGCUGUUUAUGGGAGUGAAGGGCUGAUUAACACCUUCGACUUUGUGGGUGCUUUCAAAAACAUGGUGCCCACUCGGCAGGGUGGGCACCAGGCUGCAGGCUUAUGUGUGGCUAUCUGCUUCGCCGUGGGUGGAGGCAUCAUCGUCGGUUGUAUUUUAAGAUUACCUAUCUGGGGAGAUCCCGCUGAUGACAACUGCUUUGACGAUGAAUCCUACUGGGAGCUGCCUGAGGACGAGGAGAGCAUCCCGCCAAUCCUGCAGUACAACAACCACAUGGUGCACAAAGAUGUAGCGGAGUCCAACUUCAGCGUGGAACAGAGAUGAUACUUCUUUAUGUGGAGAACACCAAGAAUACCAUAUGGACCACGUCUUCUGCAAUGGCUAUGACUAAUGGAUGGAAAUAUUGUUUUCAUGGUUCUCUUCCACUAGUCCAGUUAUUUGUACAUUUAAUAAAUAUGCCAACAACUUGAUUGAAGUCUGAACACUUUACUGCUUAAAAUGUAAGUAACUGACAUCGUCAUUCUCUUCUGUUGGUUGUCUGUGUAUUUAUUUUUCAGUGUAAAUCGGUAAAUGUGAUAUUUUAUUUUCAAUAAACAGCUGUGUCCAUACAGUUGGGGUUAAUUAUCUCACUUCAGUAAAUUCAGCAAGCAGAUUAUUGCUUCAAUAAUCUAUAACUUCAAUUUGACAGACACAAAUUGAGUCUCUUAAGAAAAAAUGUAGUUUUAAGUUCUGAGUUUGGCAUUAAAGUAUUUGUUUGUGCUUGUUCUGACUUUCACUUUCAGGAUUUUCAACACCUGCUUUCAUAUCUUAGGUUUUAAAUUUUAAAAUCUUGUCCAUGUAUUUGAAAUAAUUCUGUAAUUGAAAUAUUGCAUUAAUUCAAAUGUGUGUGUGUGUGUUUUUUUCUGUAUGUUGUCAUUUUAAAGCCAUGCAAAGUUAUUGGUUUGGGAGACGCUAUGUGAAAUGCAAAUAAAAACAAAAAUUAUGCAA